UAAAAAUUGUAGGUAAUAUGAAAAUGAAGGUUUAUAAAUUUAAUUGCGUCCGUAAAAUAUUUUUUCUAACACUGUAAUUCCUAACAAUGUAUUUCUUAAUAAAAUAUCCAAUGUUAUUAAAUGAUGUAGUAAUUGUGGUACGAAACGUACGCAAAUAUGGCGAAGUUAUUCAUUCUUGUCAUUUUACUCUAAUGCUCGUUUUGUGGUGAUAAAACUGUAAUUAUAUUAUUUAAAAAUGUCUGACACUGGACUACGUAUGAAUUUUGCUGCUUUAAAGAGGGCAGAUCCAUACGCCAGAGAAAUAAUUGACAGUGCUACCCACGUUGCACUUUAUACAUUCGAAGAAAAUGAAUGGGAGAAAACCAAUAUCGAGGGUGCUUUGUUUGUGUACAGUAGAAAUGGAGAACCAUAUCACAGCUUAGUGAUUAUGAAUAGAUUGAGUACGAAUAAUCUUAUUGAACCUGUGUCUAAGGGAAUAGAAUUGCAAUUGAAAGAGCCGUUUCUGUUAUAUAGAAACGCAAAGUGUCGAAUUUACGGCAUAUGGUUUUACGAUAAAGAAGAGUGUGUCCGAGUUGCUACUAAAUUAAAUUCACUUGUUAAAGAAUCAAUGAAACAGCCGCCUUCCGACAAUAUGCCUCAAAGCACCGUCUACACUUCAUCUACGCAGUCGAACGCGCCCGUUGAUAUUUUUAGCAUGUUGAGCAAGGCCCAAGAUGACUUCAAUUCUAACAAGGGCAUCGUGGCGAGCAAGUGUGAAACGACGCCUUCGCGAGCACCAGACAUGACAUCGCAAAGUGUCAUGGACUUCUUUGCAAAAGCUGGUAGCGGUGCCGCCGCGCAGAUGCCGGCUGUAUCUUCGCUGCCGUCGCCUGGUAUUUUCGGUCCCCGUCCUUCUGAUUCGCGGGAGGGUCCACUGUUGCUGCAGAGGCUCAUGAGCAAUCCCGCGCAUUCUGUGGAACAUAUAGAGAAACAACAACGAUCUGUGACACCACAGGAGGCUCAGAGUUCCAAUGGAAAUAUAUCAUUAGACUCAUCCAUGCGACAAAACAGUGGUUUUCCAAUGAAAUCUACCCCUGUUGAGAAGCAAAGGUUACCUCCAAUGCAAAAAGGUCAGCUGGAGUCUAUUGACUCAAAUGGGUCCAAUUCAUUGGAAAUUGACUUGAACAUGAUGCGUAUAUCAUCACCGAAGCCUACCUCCCCGUUGGCAACAUAUUUGAAUCAAUCCCAAGAUGUUAGUCACACGCAGAAGCCAGCCCUAAUGCCACCUACAAUGUUUACGGCUAGUACCGGUAGCGACAUCCAGCCCACCCCGGAACCGCUGACUAGGAAUCAACUGCUGCAAGCUUUUAACUACUUACUAAAACAUGACGCAGACUUUGUGAACAAAUUACACGAGGCUUACGUUAAAUCCUUCUCAGAAAAGGCUUACUCAGUGUCAUAAAUUUCUUUUUGGACGAGUUGCUGUUGUUGCAGUCACUAUCUAUGUACAGUUGUAUUAAAGUAUAAAUCUACUAAAAUGUUGUGUAGACCCUAUAGUUUUGUAAUACCCAGUUGUUUGAACAGAGUAUUUUUAAAUAAGUUUUAAACCUUUGACUGUGUUUAAUCUGUAUACAGAAAGAAUUUUAGUGAUUAUCCAUUAGUGGACUGUUAAUGAGUAUUUUACGAUUCCUUGAGCAGUUGUUUGUGAUAUUACUAUUGGCUACAGCUUAAGGCUCAAACUUGAAAUCUGAUUUCCUUCUAAGGACUUGUUUCUUUAUUAAGUUUUAGUUUUAUUACACAUGAAGUUCAUUGCAACAUAAUUUAAUGUAUUAAACGUGAUUUAAAUUACAUUUUCUUUUAAAUAACUGUAUCUCAUAGAGAUAUAGACAAUGCUUCGUAGAUGUAAAAAUAUUAUUUAUAUGCAAUGAACUUUAGUAUAUAAUGGACAUUUAUCAAAACAGUUUGUAAUAUUAUAAGGACUGCAAAUAUUUGCUAUUUUUUACAAGAACUGUAAUUUCUUUUUCAUCACACCUUAGUAGUUUAUGUACUGAUUUUUUAGUUUUAUUGUACAUUUAAAAGUUUUAAUUUGUGUCAAAUUUGUCAGUUAGUUUUUGAAUAUAAGGUUCUUGUUUUUUUUUUUAUAUAUAUAUAUGUAUCGACUUGUAAUAUUUAAAUUUUAGUAUGUGUAUUUGUAUUAAUCUUAUGGAUUGAGAACGGCUUUAAUAUUCAUUAGGUAGAAGACACAAUCGAAUUGUAAUGUUUAUUCUUUUUCACUUGUAAAAUUAAACUUUUACUCUUAAGGGAGAAAAUCUUUUCUAAGUUAUAUUUCUCCUAAGAAUAAAUUUUCUAUAAAGGCAUAGUAUUACAUACACUUUCAUAGAAAAUGUAUGGAAAUGUGAUCUAUGUUUGUAGGGAUUUACACAACUUAUCAAAAGUAUAGAUUUAUAGAUUUCAUUUUGAAUAUUAAAAUGACACCUAUAUUUGGAUUCGAAAUAUUUGAAUAAGUUAUCUUGGCCUCAAGUAUGUAUUCAUUGGUCGUUAAAUUAUAAAUAAAUAAUGACAAGGCUAAAAUACUAUUUAUUGUUUCAAUAUUGGAAAGAUGAAUAUAAAUUAAAAAAAAUAGGGAGAGCUGAUAACAAGAAAAUCAUUAGGCCUAGAGACACAUAAAUUUUUAAGUUUGGAUAUAUUUGUAAAGGUAAUCUCGAAUGCUCCCUGGCGUGAUUGUAAUCAAAUGUAAAUUAACAUCGAAAAUAUAUCUGGAAAUUGCACCUUUUGGACAACUCAAUUAAAUACAUAAAAAAUAGUCUCAAAUUAAAGGGUUCAAUUUA